AUGUCGUUUAUUAUUAUUAAAAGCAAACCAGUGUUUUACCGCAUAAUAUCAUUCAGAAGCUUCGUGUCUGUUUCCCAAAGAAAAUCGACGUUAAGUUCAAGGUUCCCUCUUACAACAGCUGUCAAAAGAGAUCUCAGUGGCAAGCAAUCUACGAGUAGCUCACAAUGGCAAACUAUUAUAACACGAUUUUUGCCUGUGGGAAUAUGCUUGAUAGCUGUUAUGCAAUGGCGUGCUUUCAGAAGGCGACAAAAGGGUGUAGAAUCUUAUACGGCUAGUAAAUGGGAGAUCAACUGUUAUUGUUUGUUGCCUCUGAGGACUGUCUCUAGAUGUUGGGGAUAUUUAGCAGAUAUAAAGCUACCCGAAGUUUUGAGGCCUCCCGUAUACAAAUUGUAUUCGAAUGUGUUCGACGUUAACCUGUCCGAGGCGGAAAACGAGGACCUUAAGGUGUAUCCGAGCCUGGCAGACUUUUUUGCCAGGUCGCUCAAACAAGGAGUGAGAGACGUGGACAGGCACAGCAGUCUUGUGGCGCCUUGUGACGGGACGGUCCUCCAUUUCGGGACUGUCGAUACUGAGCAAGUUGAACAAGUAAAAGGUGUGACUUAUUCUCUAAGAGAUUUUUUGGGCGAACAAAUUGUAAGACCGAGAAAAGAAUGUAGCAGCGAUUUUAAGACUGCUUUAUUAGAACGACCCCACGAAGGCAACAGGCUAUAUCAGUGCGUAAUAUACUUGGCACCUGGAGACUAUCAUAGGUUUCAUUCUCCAGUCGAGUGGACUCCAACACAUCGUAGACAUUUUUCAGGAAAACUUUUGUCUGUGAAUCCUAGCAUCGCAAGCUGGUUGCCCGGACUAUUUGCAAUGAAUGAAAGAGCUGUAUAUCUCGGACAAUGGGAGCACGGAUUCUUUUCAUACACAGCUGUCGGUGCUACAAAUGUAGGAACAGUAAAAGUAUACUUUGACAAAACCCUACAAACGAACAAACCAUUCAAAGGUAGGAAAUACAAAGAAUUGUGCUUGGGUAACCAGGUGAAUCUCAAGAGGGGCGAGAUUAUGGGCGAAUUCCGAAUGGGCUCGACGAUAGUUCUAAUUUUCGAAGCGCCGGAAACUUUCAAAUUUGCCAUCGUACCUGGAAAGAAAGUGAAAAUGGGACAAAGUUUGGGCAAUGUAGCGCAAAAUUUUGUUCACACGUUAGCGCGAGAGCGAAUGGGUACUAGCAAUGGUAGAUGA